CCAUCAGCUGGCGGGAACCAUAGCCCGAACACGGAUUUUGACUCCAGCUCGAGUACUUUGCACGGACUGCUUUCACGUCACCCCGCCCGUCUGUCUCCUCCCUGCAAUCUUAUUGCGACCAUCCCUUUUGAGCGCCUCUGAACUGGAGAGAGAGAGAGAAAAAAGCAGAGCGAGAGAGAUACUAAAUAGAUUCAGGCACCAACAUUACCUACCUGCUCGAGCGAAAUACUGGGAGGACGCUCAAAUACGCGCGCGUCCACGCGCACUCGCUGAGUAGCAAGACAAUAUAUGGCAAGAAAUAAAAAGCAAAAUUGGAAUUGGAGUUUUCAACACGAAGGCUAUUCCUUAAAAAUUAAAAUAGAAGAAUACAGCUUUACUGAAAAAAGCAACAGCCAUGCAUCUAAACAGAGAAGAAGGGAACAGCAGAGGGUCUGUAUCUAUCAGUGUGUUCCUGGUAUCUCUGGGGCUGACGGUGUGUGCCGUGUGGCUCGUAGCUCUGUGUGGAGUCUGCACCUGGUGUCAGCGCAAACUGGGGAAGAGGAACAAGCCUGGUGUGGAAGCAGCCAGCACCCCAGAUUCAGUUCAGAUUCGUGGCCGAGGGGAAAACAAAGCCAUCAAUGAUCUAGACAGGGACUUUUGGAAUAACAAUGACAGCAGCAACGUGCAGCAGAGAUGGAGCUCCUACCCGCCCAAGGAGUUCCUCUUAAACAUGUCCCCCUAUGCCCCGUAUGGAGACCCUCGCCUCACGCCCAAUUUUGGGGACCCCUCCCUCUCAGCCGCCUCUACCCUGGAGCACAUUCCAUCCUCUGCAGCAGCCCGUCCUCGUCCCCUGGUGCGACAGCAGAGUCUCCAGCAGCCGCUCAGCCACCAGCCCCCUCCAGGCCCCAAUGACCCCCCAGCCACCUCCCAGAGCCUGGGCCAGCUGCACACAGGGCCCGGGGGCGGGGGGCACCGGGGAGGCCCGCGGGGGGUGCGGGGGAGUCCGGCGGGGACAGGUGCUUCCCGGUACAGAGGAGCAGGAGGAGGACGCUCCAGGUCCAACCCAGGCAGCUGGGACCACAUGAUGGGACAGAUCCGCAACAGAGGACUGGAUGUCAAGUCUUUCCUCGAGGGGAAGAUGGUUGUUCUGUCUCUAGCGAUCGGGCUGGCUGAACAAGAUGACUUCGCCAACCUCCCAGAUCUACAGGAAGCACCAGCGUGCCAAGAAAACUCAACUCCACCAGACAAAUCAAGCAGGAGCCUGGGUAAACCUGGGAACCAGACCCCAGAUGAGGCAGGCCGCCUCGGGAACUCCUCUGUCACAGACCUGGCCAACUCUGUCACCACCAGCGACAUUCACAUGCUCUCUCCGGGCUCAGAAGAGGACACAGAAGGGCCUGUGGUUGAGAAGCUGGGCCGGAUUCAGUUCAGUGUGGGCUACAGCUUCCAGGACUCCACCCUGACCGUCAAGAUCCUUACGGGCCAGGAGCUCCCCGCCAAGGACUUCUCUGGCACCUCAGACCCCUUCGUCAAACUCUACCUGCUGCCUGACAAGAAGCACAAGCUGGAGACCAAGGUCAAGAGGAAGAACCUCAACCCUCGCUGGAACGAGACCUUCCUGUUUGAAGGGUUCCCCUAUGAGAAGGUGAUCCAGAGGACCCUCUAUAUGCAGGUGCUGGAUUACGAUCGCUUCAGCAGGAACGACCCCAUCGGGGAGGUGUCCAUCCCCCUUAACAAGGUGGACCUGGGCAACCAGCAGACCUACUGGAAGGAGCUGAAGCCCUGCAGCGACGGCAGCGGGAGUCGAGGAGACCUACUGGUGUCACUGUGCUACAACCCUCAAGCCAACACCAUCACUGUGACCAUCAUCAAAGCCCGCAACCUCAAAGCCAUGGACAUUGGAGGCACCUCCGAUCCCUAUGUGAAGCUGUGGCUGAUGCACAAGGACAAGCGUGUGGAGAAGAAGAAGACGGUGACAAUGAAGUGCUGUCUGAACCCCGUGUUCAACGAGUCCUUCCCCUUCGACGUCCCCGCCCACGUGCUCCGAGAGACCACCAUCAUCAUCACCGUCAUGGACAAGGACAAGCUCAGCCGCAACGACGUCAUCGGCAAGAUCUAUCUCUCGUGGAAGAGUGGUCCGGCGGAGGUGAAGCACUGGAAGGACAUGAUGGGUAAACCUCGUAAUGCCGUGCAGCAGUGGCAUGCCCUCAAGGCCUGAUACUGUAGGUCCAGUCACAUCCACCCAGACCAUCCCAGCCCCUUGCCCUGCCCUCCAACCCUGCUGUUAUGCACAAGGCUGACUCGCUGCAGAACAUGGGUACAAAUAGCCAUCCAACGCAUCCACCCAACGCAUCCACCCUCUCCUCCUGCCUGUCCUCUCUCAGAUCCCUAAUGAACUUCUCCUUCCUCUACUCCCCUCUGAUAAGCCGGGUCCUUUCUGAGUCUUGUUGCUUUUAAGUCAUACUUUUCUCUCAACCAUUGUUUUUUCUCCUUGGUCCACCACUCUGUUUUACUUUGGAGCAGUACACUCUGCCAGCCCUAGGGUGAGCCUCAGCCACCAACAAAAACAGGUUCAAAUAGACCAUAUAAGAAUCCUGCGUAAGGAGCUGGUGAAGGGCCAGUCUUUCAGGAAACAUUAUAUCUGUGACUGUGUGACAGACUGACCUACAAGGAAUCCAGUUCCACCAUUCAUCCUGUGUCUCUCCAUCGUUCUCCUGUGGCAGUGAGGGGAGGCGUCUUCUCUCCCUAAUCACUGCUCUCUCUGUCGUCAGAAGCAAUCUGUUUUUUUGUUGUUUUUUUGCUUCCCAUGUUGACCCUUUGGUCCGUUCCCUUCUGCAAACACACAGAGAAUACAACAGGAAGGAUCGAUAGAGAGAGAGAGGUAAACCAUUGGAAUAGAAGAGGGAUGGACUGUCUGGAUGAUCAUGGAAUUAGACGUGACACUGUCACUCCACCCCAUUCAUCAUCUCUGAUCUCUUUCUCUGGCACCACUGUAGUGAUUCUUCCCUGGCUGGACCCCCUUGUUGUCUGUGCGUUCUGUGGGUGAUGUGCUGUAACUCUAAAUGAAGUUCUAGAUCAUAAAAGGAGAAAAUGACUGAUCAUUUACACUGGUCCAUGGGGGAAAUGUAAAAAGACGUUCCUAUUUUCUGGAGAGAAAAAAAAUGAAUUAUGACAGAAAAAGAGUAAAGUCAUCAAUGUUGUGUUUUGUUUUUUGUUUUAAAAAAGCCUAAAGAGACCAAUCAAAAUGUUCUUCCAGAGACAGUAAAUAGAAGCAAAAAGACUCUGUCGUAUUCUCUGUGUAUGUGUGUGUGGGUGCGUGCGUGCGUGCGUGCGUGUCAGCGAAAGUUAGAGUGUGAAUGCGAGUGCAAGUGUGUGAAAGUAUUGGGCUUGCACUGCUAUCAAAUGAAUAACGACAAUAUUACUGAUAAUAAUGAUGACAAUAUUACUGAUAAUAAUGAUGACAAUAUUACUGAUAAUAAUGAUGACAAUAUUACUGAUAAUAAUGAUGACAAUAUUACUGAUAAUAAUGAUGACAAUAUUACUGAUAAUAAUGAUGACAGUAAUAAUCAUCAGUAUUCUACUGGAUAUGUUUGAAGACUUGGAGAGGUCACAGCAGCUAAGCAGUGACAGAGCGAGAGGGGUACAGUCUGUAGGGUAGUGUCUGCUGCCUGGUGUGGAACGGUAAGCAGAGGAGGAACUUGACAUGAACCACCAGUCUUCAUCUGAGCUGCUUUCUCUCAAUUGCAUCAUCCACUGCAGAUAACCAUAAAUAAAUGCCCCUCUCCCUACCAAGUCAGUUUUGUUUCUAAUGGAGCACUAAGCCAAAUGAUCUUGUCCCCAUCAAGGUUGUUAACGUUACCUGUUUGUCUCUGUCAGUCAUUUUGUGUAAUUCUGCCUGUCUAUUGGAAUGUGUGUCUGUUACGUCAGUUAGUCAUUUAGUCAACAUCUUAUUCAUUAGUGUGCAUGUUACAGAACACAUUGUUAUAAGAAUGUUAGUAGAUAAAUGUUUAGGGUCUUAGUGGAAGGCUGUUCUAUUACUGCCCAUACCCCCUCUGCUCUGUCCUGCUCCUGAUGUUAGAUAGUUAGGGUGUUAGUGGGUCUUCAGGACCAGGGCUGUUACGGACCAAACCCCCUCUGCUCUGUCCUGCUCCUGAUGUUAGAUAGUUAGGGUGUUAGUGGGUCUUCAGGACCAGGGCUGUUACGGACCAAACCCCCUCUGCUCUGUCCUGCUUCAGAUGUUAGAUAGUUAGGGUGUUAGUGGGUCUUCAGGACCAGGGCUGUUACGGACCAAACCCCCUCUGCUCUGUCCUGCUCCUGAUGUUAGAUAGUUAGGGUGUUAGUGGGUCUUCCGGACCAGGGCUGUUACGGACCAAACCCCCUCUGCUCUGUCCUGCUCCUGAUGUUAGAUAGUUAGGGUGUUAGUGGGUCUUCCGGACCAGGGCUGUUACGGACCAAACCCCCUCUGCUCUGUCCUGCUCCUGAUGUUAGAUAGUUAGGGUGUUAGUGGGUCUUCAGGACCAGGGCUGUUACGGACCAAACCCCCUCUGCUCUGUCCUGCUCCUGAUGUUAGAUAGUUAGGGUGUUAGUGGGUCUUCCGGACCAGGGCUGUUACGGACCAAACCCCCUCUGCUCUGUCCUGCUCCUGAUGUUAGAUAGUUAGGGUGUUAGUGGGUCUUCCGGACCAGGGCUGUUACGGACCAAACCCCUCUGCUCUGUCCUGCUCCUGAUGUUAGAUAGUUAGGGUGUUAGUGGGUCUUCCGGACCAGGGCUGUUACGGACCAAACCCCCUCUGCUCUGUCCUGCUCCUGAUGUUAGAUAGUUAGGGUGUUAGUGGGUCUUCAGGAACUUGGCUGUUACGGACCAAACUCCCUCUGCUCUGUCCUGCUCCAGAUGUUAGAUAGUUAGGGUGUUAGUGGGUCUUCAGGAACUUGGCUGUUACGGACCAAACCCCCUCUGCUCUGUCCUGCUUCAGAUGUUAGAUAGUUAGGGUGUUAGUGGGUCUUCAGGACCAGGGCUGUUACGGACCAAACCCCCUCUGCUCUGUCCUGCUCCAGAUGUUAGAUAGUUAGGGUGUUAGUGGGUCUUCCGGACCAGGGCUGUUACGGACCAUACCCCCUCUGCUCUGUCCUGCUCCAGAUGUUAGAUAGUUAGGGUGUUAGUGGGUCUUCCGGACCACGGCUGUUACGGACCAAACCUCCUCUGUUCUGUCCUGCUUCAGGACCAGGCUGUUCCAUUACUGGCCAGACCCCCUCUGCUCUGUACUGCUCCUGAUGUCAUCCUGGUGUGACCUGUUCCAAGCUUAAGUCUCUCUCUCAUCACACAAUGGGCUGAAGGAUAGCUACAAGAGUAAUAAUAUCAACUAAACCUAUUUUCUGUUUACAUUUGACUGUUUAUUUGUGUCUACUGAAUGUGUGUGUGUGUUUGCAAUGUGUGUAUGAGUGUGUCAACAUCUGACUAUUUGUAUUUACCGUGUAUGUAUGUGUGCUCGGUGUUCACUUUUGCCAUUUUCAUUUUCUUAAUAUGGAAUCAGUUUUUUUGGCUGUUUUUAUUCUGUAUAAAGUAAUUUAGAUGUUCAGUUAAUUAUUUAUGUUGCCGCUGAUCGCUAAGGAGGAGACGCUAAUGAUUACUGGGAUGUUGGAACGUGACUAAGGGCAUGUGUCUACUUUCUAUUUGUUGGGGUUUAUGGGUUGGUUGGGGAGGGGCCAUAGACAUGUUCGAGAGUCUGAGUGAAGAGAGAAGGAAAGAGAAGGGAGAGGGGAGCUCAUUACAUCUGACAAUACCACAUACAGCAUAUUCUAUUCUAGCCCUCUUCUGUUGCACAGAGGGACUGUUCACUCAGGCCUGUGUGCAUCAGGGGCCUUGUGUUCUGGUUUAUCAUUUAAUAGGUGGCUUACAGAACCACAACACGCUGUCCCUCCGCUCUAGUUCUGGCCCAACACACUGUCCCUCCGCUCUAGGUCUGGUCCAACACACUGUCCCUCCGCUCUAGGUCUGGCCCAACACACUGUCCCUCCGCUCUAGGUCUGGUCCAACACACUGUCCCUCCGCUCUAGGUCUGGCCCAACACGCUGUCCCUCCGCUCUAGGUCUGGCCCAACACGCUGUCCCUCCGCUCUAGGUCUGGCCCAACACGCUGUUCCUCCGCUCUAGGUCUGGUCCAACACGCUGUCCCUCCGCUCUAGGUCUGGCCCAACACACUGUCCCUCCGCUCUAGGUCUGACCCAACACACUGUCCCUCCGCUCUAGGUCUGGCCCAACACACUGUCCCUCCGCUCUAGGUCUGACCCAACACGCUGUCCCUCCGCUCUAGGUCUGGCCCAACACACUGUCCCUCCGCUCUAGGUCUGGUCCAACACACUGUCCCUCCGCUCUAGGUCUGGUCCAACACGCUGUCCCUCCACUCUAGGUCUGGCCCAACACACUGUCCCUCCGCUCUAGGUCUGGUCCAACACGCUGUCCCUCCGCUCUAGGUCUGGUCCAACACGCUGUCCCUCCGCUCUAGGUCUGGUCCAACACGCUGUCCCUCCACUCUAGGUCUGGUCCAACACGCUGUCCCUCCGCUCUAGGUCUGGUCCAACACGCUGUCCCUCCGCUCUAGGUCUGGUCCAACACGCUGUCCCUCCGCUCUAGAUCUGGCCCAACACGCUGUCCCUCCGCUCUAGUUCUGGCCCAACACACUGUCCCUCCGCUCUAGGUCUGGUCCAACACACUGUCCCUCCUCUCUAGGUCUGGUCCAACACGCUGUCCCUCCGCUCUAGGUCUGGUCCAACACGCUGUCCCUCCGCUCUAGUUCUGGCCCAACACACUGUCCCUCCGCUCUAGGUCUGGUCCAACACACUGUCCCUCCGCUCUAGGUCUGACCCAACACACUGUCCCUCCUCUCUAGGUUUGACCCAACACACUGUCCCUCCGCUCUAGGUCUGGUCCAACACACUGUCCCUCCGCUCUAGGUCUGGUCCAACACACUGUCCAUCCUCUCUAGGUCUGGUCCAACACGCUGUCCCUCCGCUCUAGUUCUGACCCAACACGCUGUCCCUCCGCUCUAGUUCUGACCCAAUACACUGUCCCUCCGCUCUAGUUCUGGGCCAACACACUCAGACUAAGACGCGCAAUUUCUCCAGACGUCAGUGCUGACGUACUUUAAAACCCCACUGUGACACACAUGCUUUUUGGCACAAGGUGCUCUUAAACAACACCCCUCCCCCUCUCCUCCAUAUGCUCUCACUCCCCAAGUGUCACAGAGAAAAGGUGAGACAGACAAUGAUCAUCACCUCAUUUGCAUCACUGCAAUCUCCAGGCAGAGCAGAACAUAGCAGAGCACCUACCUGCUCCUAAAAUAACUGGGAACAGAGUCACCUCCCUGCCUCAUACUGAGCACACAAGCAAACGAUACAUCAUUACGUAUGCAGACGCAGCAUUAAAUUGAAAAGAUCAGCCAGAAUAGGAAACACAGAUAAAAUGGCACGAUACAGGUGAAAAUGAAUUAUUUGUUUGACUUGAUUUACCUGAACUGAAAAUAGGUCCAGAAGCCAGGUAUGGUCCGUUUGCAUCUGAGGCAUUGAGCAAGGAUUCUUAGUAGAGUCCUUCCUUGGCCCUCGAAAAGCCCAGUAGCAAUUCAAAAUACAGAUCUAAAUAAAUAUGAAAACUGAUCAGUGUUCACUCAGAUUGAAAUCACCCUAAAUGUCUGAUUAGGGCUCUCUACACAGAUAUUGGUGGAGAUACGAGGAGGAUUGGCCUAAACAUGCCAGGAUUUUGUGACAUUGUAUAAAGGAUAAAUGAAAAUUGUGUAUGUAAAAACUCAUCAGUUUUCAUUGGGGAUGUUGAUAUCUGUAUGUCCUUGACAUCCCCUUGUCCCAUCUCUUGCUCUCUUCUGUUCUCUCUUUAGUCACACAUCUGUGGGAUGCACAAUCUUAUAUAUCAACCAUUUAUUUUUUGAAAUCUGUACAGUGUAUAAAUAUAGAAAUGUGUACAUAAAAAGAAGAAACUUCUAAAAUAGUUUUUGUUGUUUUUCUAAA